GCGAACAGACGCAGAAAGCGGUGCCGAGCCUUUCAUGCUGGUGCGACGCUGGGCCCUCCCCCUGGCCUCGACAUGGUGCUGCUGAAAGACCUCGAGUUCAAGCCGAUGCCACAGGAGGAGGGCUCUUUGGCGAUGGAGCCCAAGAUCGACGCGCUGACAAAGAACAUGGAGUUGCUGACAAAGAACAUGGAGUCUCUUGCAGCCGAGGCCCUCCCCGAGACGUCUCUCGACGAGACGAAGGAUGCGGUGGCGCCACUCCCGAGGCUCGCUCGAGCCUUCCGGCUUCUGGAGAACGAUGUGAAUAUUGCCGACUCCUACAAGUUCCCCGAGGAGAUCGUUGACGCUAUUCGGCUGGGGCUCACGCAGAGCCACAACUACUUCGAGGCGCUCGACAUUGCCAUGGAGCUCACACCCACGUCCCAGGUCUGGGACCAACCACGCACACCAGUACAGCUGGGGCGAUUGGAAGUAGCACUGAAUGACGCAAUGCAGAAGCACGAGAACUAUUACGACGCUCUCACGAGAACGAUUACCACUGAG